AUGCAAAAACGGUCGGAACAAAUGGCAGCCAUCAGCGCCGAAGAGGUACCGCCGCUCCUUCGCUUCGUUUUUUCCCACCCUUAUGAGAAAUUCGGCUAUCAGUUGUAUAUUUUUCUCUGUGUUUUCAACAGAUUACUCCUCACUCGUAACCAUUACUGAUUAAGAAUCUUCCUAUUGGCCCACUGGGAAAGAGAAUGUUUCAAGCCGAACGCCUCCCGGCUUUCUUUUUCAUUCAAUUAAAAAUAAUCAAUCAUCAGUUUCAUUUCACACCCUCCAAUACUGCAGUUCUAUAUUAAACCUUAAGUAUAGCUGAUUUUUGCCGGUUCGGCUUUUUCUGUCCAAGUUCUACAAAGUCUAUGACCAUACUUAGGUUUUUUAUAUCCUUUUCUUGAUUCAUUUCGGAGUUGGGAUCUACUGGGUCGCAUGAGCUGUUCAGCCAUACUCAGUUCAAGUUUUAAUAAGCGUCGCCAUACUGGUAAAUUGUACUCAAGAGACCUAAAAGAUGAGUCAAACAAAUGUUCGAAAGGAAAAAAGUUAGGACUGAGAGAAGGUUGAGCUUCUGCUAAUGAAAAAAGUUGCAGAGCAUGAGCAUGUUUGAACCCAACGCUCGCAACGAUCGUCAGAUACCUCCGACGCCAGAUCCGGCGGGCGUCGAAUAUCCACGCGCCGCCAGUUGGGCCGCCGGCUCCUGCUCCAAUGUUCUCAACGACGACAAAGGUCCGUUCCAUCAUCGUCAGGCACAUUUCUUGUACUUCCGGAGCCGUUUCUGCAUUGGAACUGUUUCAUGCGAGGCGGUUGCUCUCGAGCAGUGCCCUUUUCCGCUUAGUGGGCAGCAUUAUAACAAAUUAUCAAUGUUCAAGUCAACUUUGGUUUUCUCUUAAAACAUGGAGCCAUUUAACUUGCCAUCAACAUAUUUUGGGUUGAGAAAAUGAUGAUAACAAAACUGUUGCUCAUGAAAAAGAUCUGUCCGGAUUCGUAGUUCAUCUUCUGAAUGAUCACGUCGAAUCCGAAUCUCGGAUCAAAAGUCAAACUUUUUUCUCAAGAAUUAUAAGUAAUGCAUCUCUCAAUAAGGAUUAAAUGGUGCAAACAACUCUGAGAACUCAAAUAUCGGCUUAAAAUUAUGAAAGCGAAAAAGUAAUUGGUUGUUCCGAAUCAUGUAAGCGAACUACCGUCAAAUUAUAAGCCUGAUCGGAUUUUUGGACUUCAAUAAUCUCGAGUUCUGAAAACCUCUUGAAAACUUGCGCAGUUAGUCGUAAUAUUUCGGGGAAAAUAACUAAAUUAUAUAGUUGAGAACAGUCUGAAAAGUGAAAAACUAAGCUUCGUUCAUGAAAGAAAGGUGAUAAUUAUCAGAUAUGAAAGAUGACAAUAUUUUACUUGUUUUCGAAAACAAAUGUCAAUGUCUCACCUUGUUUUGCAGGGCGUGCGCUUUUCCGCUGCUUCUUGUUCCAAUCGCUGGCCGAAGAAAACCUGACCUUCCUCGAAGCGACCGACAAGAUGAAGAAGAUGAAAAGUAGCGACGAGAAAAAGGUUAGAGCUGAAACAAGGUCAAGCAAGAUUGAUAUCAAUAGAAAUCAAAACUGGUAGGAUUUUCUCAUCUUUAAUGAGAAGCUAGUUGAAUUCCAUUCUUCUGACUCGAAAUCAAUUCCUAGCAAUUCGCGAUGGAAAUCAUCGACACCUAUUCGCCCUACAUCAACCUGUCGAGUGCGGCCAUGAAAAAGAUGCGCGACACGGCCGAGUCAGACAAUCCAGAUCCGGAAGAAUUCGGUCCAGCCAUCAAGGAGGUGCACCAGACACACCACAUCCACAGUCUCAAUCAAAACAGGUCAAACGGCUCCUCGAGAACGAUCAGUUCCCUCGAUUCCGACGCUCCGAAAUCUACCUUGAGUUCCUGGAGAAGCUGCUUCCACGCUCCUACGCCGAGAAGUGGGCCACCAGCUUCGAAGCCUUGUUAGGCAACCACGUUUGUGUUUUUUCAAUACUCGUUACAUAAAAUAGAUGUUUUUUUGAACUGAACUGAAAAAUAUGUCAUUCCAGGUUGGACGCCAUCACUUCCGACUCUUCCUGCGAGGAAUUCACGCCGAAGAGAACCUCCGCUUCUGGGAAGCCGUGGUCGAGUUUCGGUGGGCGUUCCCCCGAGGAGACUAUAGUACGCGGCUCUUGCAGGUCGGUCAAGAACAAAAGCAACGCGAUGCUCAAUCUCGGAAAAGUCAUCCUCAACACUUACCUAGCUGAAGGAACUCUCAACGAGGUCGGCUUUUGAAUGAGUCGCCAUAAAAGAUAGCUUUGAGGUGUUCCUACCGUUCGGAGUACGACAGGUGAUUGAACGUCGUAUAACCGACAAAGAUAUCGACAUCACCUUGUUUGACGAGGCCAUCAAACAUGUCGAGCAGGUAAAUAAAAAUUUUCGUCAAUUAGCUAGUUCCUUGGAAUUUUUGAGAGACUGGCCGAAGACAAGGAAUAAUUGUUAGUCUUUAGUCUGGUUAGCUAAUUAUUUUUUGAAUUUCUACUGAAAAGAAAAACCUGAACAUAUGAAAAAGUUUUUGAUAUAAUAAGUAUCACAGGUACUACGCAACGAUCCAUACGUGCGCUUUCUGCAGAGCGACCAGUACCUGGGGCUUCUGUCUAAGCUCGAGAACUGA